ACGGAAAGCAGCACGGUUCAUUCACUGACAGCACGAUCUUUCCCAGAAGCCUUUCCUCAUAUUGUACACAAUCAUCAUGGCGGCGCAGGAUGGAAGUGAGGUAGUAGGAAUGGAAGCGGACCCCGUGCAGAAAGAACCAGAAGUUUUGUGUGAAGCUGCUGGACAAGGCGAUGCAGCAAAGACUGAACAAGCAUUACAUAUUGAUGAAGAAAGCACAUCGACUCAUGCCGCUACUGUCAGCAAUGGAGAGGAAAGCGAUGAGGGGAAAGAGAUGGUUGAAGUGAAAAUCAUUUGGAACAAAAACAAAUAUGAUCUUAAAAUUCCUUUAGAUGGCACUGGAGCAAACCUGAAGGAAAAGAUUCACUCACUUACUGGUCUUCCACCUGCUAUGCAGAAAGUUAUGUACAAAGGACUUCUACCGGAGGACAAGACGCUUCGGGAAAUCAAAGUUACAAAUGGUGCAAAGAUAAUGGUGGUUGGCUCUACGAUAAAUGAUGUACUAGCUGUGAAUACGCCAAAAGAAGUUAUUCAGCAAGAGGUCAAAGCUGAGGAAAACAAAAAAGAGCCAUUGUGCAGGCAAAAGCAACACAGAAAAGUUCUGGACAAAGGAAAACCAGAUGACGUUAUGCCUUCAGUAAAAGGAGUUAAGGAGCGUCUACCAACAGUGCCUUUAGCAGGAAUGUACAACAAAUCUGGUGGAAAAGUACGACUAACGUUCAAACUGGAACAGGAUCAGCUUUGGAUAGGAACAAAGGAAAGGACAGAAAAAAUCCCAAUGGGUUCCAUCAAAAAUGUUGUAACUGAGCCAAUAGAGGGUCACGAGGACUAUCACAUGAUGGCAUUUCAGCUAGGUCCGACAGAAGCUUCGCAGUAUUGGGUUUACUGGGUGCCUGCGCAAUUUGUUGAUGCAAUCAAAGACACAGUCCUCGGGAAAUGGCAGUAUUUUUAACGUGCCUCUAUAGACACUGAAGAAUUGGGAUUCAGAAAUAAUGAAAACAUUAACUGAAGCCAAUACAAUAAUCUGAAGAACUGAUUUUUCUGAAGUAUAUACAGAACGACCCGAAGGAUUGCUGUUGGACAGAAUUGUUCGGAGGUUUUAAGUGCACUAAGUGUCAGCAUCCCAUUUUUUCAAACUUUUUUGCCACCCUUUUUUUAAAGCAAUCCCAAGCAUAAACAGAGAAUUGUACAGAACUUGCAUAUAUACAUUUCUCGUAGUUAUUCUGAAAGAAAUAAAAAAUUAUUUAAGGAAAAUGAUUGAUGCAGUAGAAAUGUUUUAUAGUAUAUUCCUCAGUUUACUUUUCAACUCAAGCCAAAGUGGACACUUCACACAAUUGUUGAUUUUAUAAUCCACUUUUCUCAUUGCACAUAUUAUUGCUAACACAAUAAAAGCAAUGUCGUUACAUUAAUUUAA